AAAGCAUUUUGACGGCCAUAUCAGAGAAGGCACACUUGAUUAGUUUGCUCGGUGCGCCGGGACAACUGUGUUACCUGGCACACGCGGGAUGAGCUACCAUAAAUCAAGUGCACCUAUAGUCCACACAGUAUUACGUUGAUAUUUUUUUAAUGGUAAUUUAAGUCAACAUGAUUAGGCAACUUCUCAGUUCAAUUCAAGUUCAUUCAGUUUAGUCUAUAAAGAGUAGAGUUGGCAAAAAAAAAUGAAACAGGCUUUUGAAAUGUAUGAUAUUUCAUACAGAGCAGUUCAAAGAGUCAAAGGAAUCCAAUAUUUUUGCAUGACAGGAUCUUAUGCUAAUUACCUGCAACGUGGGUAGUAGCAGCCAAUCAGAGAGUAGCAUGCAAAUGUUAACGACAGGUGGGAGAGGGAUAUAAGGAAACCAAAAUAUUUUUAGAGAUGAAGCCUAUCUGUCACUGACAAGCGCGUCAACCUAAAGACAGGGACUUUACAGAUACAAAAAAGUUUCUCAUUAAUCUUAUCAGACCUUUAUGGUAUUUAAACAACACUUUGAGAUAUUGUUUUCAGAGUGGAGCUUGUAUCUGGAGAGUGUAUCAUUUUAAUAUGCGGUAAUAUUGAAUUAUUUGAAUCAUUUCUAAAAUAAAUUGUUCUUCGGUUGCCUACAUUCUUCUGUGAUAGUGAUAGAGAACUACAAUCCUGUCUAUCUAUACUAUAGACGUUUGUAGAGAUACAUAUAGUAUGGAUGUAGAUCUAGUACAGUUGGAGUCCAGUCUAUGGGUCGGUAAGAAACGUUACCGGGCAGCCCUUACCGAAUGGCACCUCAACUGGACUGAGCUCGAUAAGAAGAACCGUGACAAGACCGUUUCAGUACCAGUGUCGGAGAUUGUUGCUGUGGAGGAGGGGCAUGUGGAGGUUCUGCCCCAGAGGUCAGUUUCUGAAGACACAGACAGAGACUUCACAGUGUUCUAUGUGAAGCAUAGCAGCAACGGUAGUUCCUAUGGGUUGCUAUGGCGCCUGGGCAGGACCCAGUUCAGCUGUCCCAGCAGGGACCUCAGAGACCAGUGGAUGACCCAGCUGAGGAUUACCCUCAAAACACACAGCCCCUCUCGUCCUCACAGGUUGUUGGUGUUCAUCAACCCGUUCGGAGGAAAGAAACAAGGGAGGCAGAUCUAUCACUCUCUAGUGGCCCCACUGUUUGAGCUGGCAGGGGUCAGCUCUCAUGUUGUAGUGACAGAGCGGGCCAACCAGGCGAGAGACCACAUACUGAAGAAAGACCUGACUGGUUUCGAUGGUGUGGUAUGUGUGGGCGGGGAUGGAAUGUUCAGUGAGCUGCUGCACGGUGUGAUUGGCCGAACACAGCAGGAGGCGGGGCUAUCGGAGCAUGACCCCUCCCUACAGUUAUGUGACCUUCACAUUGGCAUCAUUCCUGCAGGCUCCACAGACUGCGUGUGUUUUGCCACUGUGGGAGUCAAUGACCCAGUGACCUCUGCACUGCACAUUAUCAUUGGAGACUCUCAGCCUCUGGACGUGUGUUCUGUCCACCACCGCUCGUCUCUGGUGCGUUACUCUGUGUCUCUGGUAGGAUACGGGUUCUAUGGAGAUGUGCUCGCUGAAAGUGAGAGACACCGCUGGAUGGGGCCUCUCCGAUAUGACUAUUCAGGUGCUAUGGUGUACCUGAGUAACAGGAGCUAUGCAGGCCUAGUUCAGUACCUACCAGCAGACCCCCAGCUCUCCAACCCCAGGGACAACACACGCUGCCUCUCUGGGUGCAGUGUGUGUUCUAAGAGCACAGAGAGACUGUUCCCCCACUCUCCAGAUGCUAGUUCCAACUACAUCUCCCACUUCAGUCAGUUCAGCAGCGACUCAGAGGGUGAUUGGGUGAGUGUGGAGGGCCGGUUCAAGGCUGUGUCCCUCACCUGUAUGUCCAGCUCCUGUCCUCGCAGUCCCCUGGGCCUGUCCCCCUCAGCACAUCUGGCCGAUGGGACAGGUGACCUCAUCAUUGUACGGGACACACACCCCCUAGGGUUCCUCACCUUCCUACACAGACACACCAGCACACAGGACCAGUUUGACCUGCCCUUCGUGGAUGUCCACCGCGUGAAGGCAGUACGUUUCUCUCUCCCACCCGGAGAAAAGGAGGAUGAGGAUGAAGAGAGGGAGACAGUAAAUGGUGGAGGGAUGGCGGAAGAGGGAGAGAGAACAAGCCGGAGCGGUUCCCAACAUCACCUGGUAGAAAGAGGAGAGGAGCGAGGGAUGGCGAAUGACAGGAGGAAGAAAGACUUGUGUGGCCUGUGCUGCAGUAAGCCUCCUUCAGUGUCUGUGUGGAACUGUGACGGAGAAAUACUUCCUCACACUGAGAUCCUCUGCAGGGUUCAUGGUCAGCUGGUGCGUUUGUAUGCCCGGGGCAUGGAGGACGGAUCAGCCACGCCCACCAGGAAGUGAACUGUGUUAGGGUCCAUCACACUACUGACUGAGGGAGGCCGUGGUAGGGUCCGUUCACACUACUGACUGAGGGAGGUGGUAGGGUCCGUUCACACUACUGACUGAGGGAGGUGGUAGGGUCCGUUCACACUACUGACUGAGGGAGGCCGUGGUAGGGUCCGUUCACACUACUGACUGAGGGAGGCUGUGGUAGGGUCCGCUCACACUACUGACUGAGGGAGGCAGAGGUAGGGUCCGUUCACACUACUGACCGAGGGAGGCGGAGGUAGGGUCCUUUCACACUACUGACUGAGGGAGGUGGAGGUAGGGUCCUUUCACACUACUGACUGAGGGAGGCGGAGGUAGGGUCCUUUCACACUACUGACUGAGGGAGGCAGAGGUAGGGUCCGUUCACACUACUGACUGAGGGAGGCAGAGGUAGGGUCCGUUCACACUACUGACUGAGGGAGGCAGAGGUAGGGUCCGUUCACACUACUGACUGAGGGAGGUGGUAGGGUCCGUUCACACUACUGACUGAGGGAG